AUGAGCAACGGUUUCAACCUGUUUCUGAGCGCGUUCUGCACGUUUAGUGCAGUUGUACUAGCAGCCAUAGCGUGUGUGGGAUCCACUGCUAAUUACAACCCCAUCAAUAAAAUCUUCGUCGCACAAUUGGAUCUGCGGAAUAUUCAAAUACCAAAUGUAUUCCCGUCAUCCGGGGCGCCGUCGUCUUCGAUUUCCCAACUGGGGUUGCCCGAUUACUUCAACAUUGGGCUGUGGUCGUAUUGCUCUCAGGCUUCCAACGGCACGGUGAUGUCGUGCACCAAACCAAGCGGCAUUCAGAAUUUCGAUUUGAGGACAAUGCUCUUUGAUAAUAUUAACAACAACCAAGUGGCUCAGCUCGUCGACAAUCUAGCUGAUAUUAUUCUACCGGAGGACCUUCAGAAUAGAAUGGCUAUGUACAACAAUGUUGUCAAGACAACAUUCAUCACGAUUCUCAUUGGUAUCUGCGUUUCGUUUCUCGCUUUGAUUGUUAAUUUGAUCCGUUGGAUCAUCCAUGCCAGGUUCGUAAACUGGAUUGGCAGAUUCAGCUCAUUUAUCGGUUUCUUGAGUCUACUGAUCAGUGGGGCAACAAGUUUGGGCUGCUACCUCUAUGUCAGACGUCUGCUUAAUCAGAACUAUGGCGACACGGGGAUCCGUUUAUCGGUCGGCUCUGUAUUCCAAGGUAUCAUGUGGGGAUCGAUAUUUUCAGCGCUGCUAGGUUUCAUUCUUUGGUGCAGCGUAAGAUCACAGAGAAGCGUUGCUUACGUUAGCCGCGUACCCAUGGAGGAAAAGCCAUUGAUCGUCUGA